GUGGAGGCACACUCAACAGCACGAGAGAGCGAGAGAGGACUUGCAAGCUUGGCUGUGCUUCAGUUUGUCAUCACCCGGGCGGCAGGGCGGCAGCAAGCGAGCGAGCAUCGAGCGAACCGAACCAAUCCGAGCAACAUCGGAACAGGACAGUACCGGACGGCUUCGCAAAUUGACAUUAAAGAGGACCCUUUUUCCUUCCAACCUUUUUCUUUAAUCUUUUUUUGUUUUUGUUUUUUAACUUCCCAACGUCUUUUUUAACGUCCGGCGUCCACUUGCUCUAAAGAACCGGAACCUUCUCGACUACAUCCUUGCAGAACCUGGGACGUGAUGCGGACCUCCGCCGAGUAACGAACGGGUGAACUGAACCGAACCGAACCGGUCACGACACUUGCAAAAAGUGGACUUAAUUGUGAGCGGAAUAUUCUCUUGGCUCCGUUUGGAUUUCAAGUACUUUUCAUUCCUCACCCGAGUGGAUUUUAUCCGAUUUUUCUUCUUUUUCGCACUCCUUGAGUUCCGGAGUGGACUCCGGGGACGAGCGGAGCCUGUAGCCGGGCUGGAGAGCUCCAAGCUGGGCUACCGCGCGGCGGUCACCCGCUCCAGAGUAAUGGCUGCAUCGAGGCGGCACUUCCUGCUCUGCCUGGCGGCGACACUAUUGUCGUGGUGCAACGCUGCGCCGACUGACAUCCUCUACCGGGUCCCCGAAGAGCAGCCACCUAAUACCCUGGUGGGCAGCCUGGCGGCGGACCGCGGGCUCCCUGACAGUGGGCACCUCUACAAGCUGGAGGUGGGCUCCCCCUACCUCCGUGUGGAUGGGAAGACGGGUGACAUCUACACUACCGAGAUCCCCAUCGACCGUGAGACCCUCAGGGACUGCCGCAACCUCUUUGAGGAAGACAAGUGCUACCUGGAGUUCGAGGUGUCCAUCACGGACAUGGUGAAAGGCAUCGGAUCGGGGCCUCGCCUCAUCGAAGGCCGCAUCGAGGUUCUGGACAUCAACGAUAACACGCCCCAGUUCUCCUCGCCCAUCCUCACCCUGGCUAUCCCAGAAAACACCCAUGUGGGCGCCCUGUUCUCCAUCCCCAUGGCGACCGAUCGCGACGCCGCCAGCAACGGCGUUGCAGAGUACUCCCUGAGCACAGGACCCGACGCCGAGCAACUCUUCGGACUGCAGGUGGCGGUGGACACGGACGAGAAGCUGCCUCAGCUGGUGGUCAUGGGGAACCUGGACCGUGAGAAGAAGGACUCGUAUGACCUGAAUGUUCGGGUGGUGGACGGUGGCCGGCCGGCCAGGGCCAGCAGCGCCCUGCUCCGGGUGAUUGUCACCGAUCAGAAUGACAAUGCGCCAAAGUUUGAAAGGAGUCACUACGAUGCUGAGCUGGUGGAGAACAGCCCUCUGGGGCACUCCGUGCUACAGGUCCGCGCCAAUGACGCUGACAUGGGCACCAACGGCGAGAUCGACUACAGCUUGCACCAGAUGUCCGAGGCAGUACAGAGACUUCUGCGCAUCGACCGUUCCACUGGAAUCAUCUACGUAAAAGGCAUGGUGGACCGCGAGGAGGAGAGCUUCCUCAAAUUCUUUGUCGUGGCCAAAGACCGAGGGCCAAACACCAAGAGCUCCAAAGUCCUGGUGACCAUCAACGUCCGGGACCAGAAUGACAAUGCUCCCACCAUCGAGAUCCGUGGUAUCGGCCUUGUAACGCACCAGGACGGAAUCGCCAACAUUUCCGAGGACAUGCCAGUAGACACUGCAGUGGCAUUGGUCCAGGUGUCGGACCGCGACGAGGGGGAGAAUGCGAUCGUGACGUGUGUGGUGGCCGGCGAUGUCCCAUUCCAGCUGCAGCCUUUGGGUGAGUCCAGCAAUGACCGUAAAAGGAAGUACUUCCUGCAGACCACGACGGUGCUGGAUUACGAGCGAGUGAAGGAUUACAGGAUUGAGAUUGUGGCAGUGGAUUCCGGCAACCCUGCUUUGUCCAGCACCAACUCCCUAAAAGUGCAGGUCACUGACAUGAACGACAACACGCCCACUUUCUCCCCAGCCAUUGUAGAAGUGAACUUUGCUGAGGGGAACCACCCUGGCGACAAGGUACUACAGGUGGCGGCCACCGACGCCGACAGUGGCAGCAAUGCCGAGCUGGUGUACAGCAUCGUGGAGCGCUCUGCCACUGCGCUCUUCGAAAUUGAUGGCAGCAGCGGCGAAGUUCGAGUCAAAAAUCUGCUGGACCGUGAGAAGACAGAGCGCUACGAGUUCCGCGUGGCGGCGGCCGACAAGGGUGUCCCGAGCAAAACCGGCACAGCGACAGUAGUGAUUAACGUCCUCGACCGCAAUGACAAUGACCCCAAAUUCAUGCUGAGUGGAUACAGCUUCUCCGUCAUCGAGAACAUGCCACCGCUUAACCCAGUGGGAGUGGUCACUGUCACAGACUUCGACAAGGGCGAGAAUGCCCGAGUCAAGCUGUUUGUUGAGCCCGACAACGGCAAGUUUGUCAUUCAGAACGGCACCGGAAACAUCCUGUCCAGCAUCUCCUUUGACCGGGAGAAGGAAAGCAUCUACACCUUCCGGCUAAAGGCAGUGGACGCUGGCGACCCCCCUCGAUCCUCCUAUGUGGGCGUCACCAUUAACGUCCUGGAUGAGAACGACAACGCCCCCUAUGUCACCAAACCUUCCAACUCGUCCUACACAUACCUGAGCCCCGUCACGCCACCGGAGACCCGCGUGGAGGUGGUGGAGGCCGAGGACAUUGAUUCCGGACCCAAUGCCGAGCUGGACUACACCAUCACUGGGGGUAACCCAUAUGGACUGUUUCAUAUUUCGCCAACCACGGGGGAGAUCACCCUGGCACAGGAAUUCACCGGCAAACACAAUGGGCUGCACCGGCUGGUGGUGCAGGUUCGGGACAAUGGGAAGCCGCGCCGUCACACCACCGCACUAGUGCAUGUGUUUGUCAACGACACAAAAACCAACGCGUCGCUGAUUGAGGCCUUGGUGGGGCACAGUCUUUAUACGCCCCUGGACCGGGACAUUGCGGGGGAUCCCAACUAUGCCAUGGCGCAGCGUAGUAACAUCCUGUAUGGAAGCCUGGCCGGGAUCGCUGGGGUUAUCCUGGUCAUUGUGGCUGUGGUGGUCAUCCGGCACAGGUUCCAGAAGGACACCAAGAGCGGCUACCAGGCGGGCAAGAAGGAGAGCAAAGACCUGUAUGCCCCCAAGCAAGGACCCAAAAACUCCAAAGGCAAAAAGAGCAAGAAGGGCAAAGCUCCCAAACCAGCCAAACCUCUGGAAGAGGAUGAGGAGGCCAGCCUCCAGAAAGGCCUUAAGUUCAACCUCAUCAAUGAAGCCGUAAGCGACAGCCCCCGAAUACACUUGCCCCUCAACUACCCGCCCGGUAGCCCCGAUUUGGGGCGCCACUACCGCUCCAACUCGCCGCUGCCAUCCAUCCAGCUUCAACCGCAGUCGCCCUCGGCCUCUAAGAAGCACCAGGCGGUGCAGGACCUCCCGGCGACCAACACCUUCGUGGGCACGGGUGACAACAACUCCACCGGCUCCGACCAAUAUUCGGAUUACAGCUACAAGGCCAACCCGCCCAAAUACAGCAGCAAACAGCUGCCGCAGCGCCGGGUGACCUUCUCCACUGCCAACCAGGCGCAGGACCUGCAGGAUGCUUCCCAGCACAGCUACUACGACAGCGGGCUGGACGAGUCGGAGACUCCCAGUUCCAAGUCGUCGUCCGGGCCUCGGAUCGGCCCGCUGGCACUGCCUGAGGACCACUACGAGCGCACCACGCCCGACGGCAGCAUCGGCGAAAUGGAGCACCCCGAGAACGACCUAAGGCCUCUCCCGGAUGUGGCCAUGACGGGCAACUGCACACGUGAGUGCACCGAGUUUGGACACUCAGAUUCGUGCUGGAUGCCAGGUCAACCGUCGCCCAACCGCAAAGUUUCCAAGGGAGCCGCCGUCCCCCCCAAGCUGUCCACCUUCGUGCCUUACCAGGAUAUGGACGCCACCCGCGAGCCGCCGCCCCCACCGCCUGUGGCCAACAACAGCCCCAAGCCCGUCCCUGUGGAGGAGCGAGGCGUGGGCGGGAGCAGGGUGGCUAACAUGCGCUUCAUGACACCCUAUAGCAGUGCCUACCCCCUGGGGGCCACUGGCCAGACCCCCGCCAAAGACUGCGGCCUGGAGGAGAUCCCCCUCAGCCAGGCGGUGGAGUUCCACUCGGCCACCACCCCGACAGGCCACGCCGCCAAGAGGGAGAUCUAUCUGUGAGGGAGGCCCGCGCACCACGGUAACCAUCGCUUCCAGUUGACGCUGCUCGCCAGAACACCUCACCCUUCAAACACCUCAUCAGCCCUCAAACACCUACCUGUCUUACCACUAAACCACCUCACUGUCACGGUAAAGACCUCACCCGACCCCAAACAACUCACUGCCCCACCCAAACACAUCAUCACCACCACCACCUCACUUUCCCCCUAAACACCUCACCAGGCUUUGAAAAACCUCCCUCACUCUAUCACCUCCCCACUCUAUACACCUUAUGUGAUUUCCAAACACCUCACUUACCGCACCUGAAUACCUCACCACAACCCUAACCACAUCCUUGUCCCAUUAAACCAUUUACUCUUCCACCUGACCCCUCACCAUACCCCAACCACCUCACAACCCCUUUAAACAUCUCACCAGGCCCUCAAACAUCACACCUUACACAACACCCAACCACCUCCCGUAGUACCUCACCAUACCAUUAACAUCUUCUCUGUCAUAAUAAAGACAUUACUUUACCAAACACCCAUGUCACCCGCACCCAGCUCACCUUCUGGUUGAACACAUCUCACUUCCCUCCGAUAUCUCACUUGAUACCUCACUACUUCCCGUAAACAGCUCACUGGACCCCAAAACACCUCCAAAUCCUUCCAUACACUCAUCCUAGGCACUCCCCGGAGAGUGCCCAGUCGAGGUGCGCGCAUCCCCCUUCCUACCGCUCCAACAUCAGCCAAUCAGCAUUGCCCUAACUGUUCCCCCAAACACCUUACUGCCCUAUUAAACUCAUGACUGCCCCGUCCGAACACCUCAGUGCCCCCAAACACCUCACACAAAAGCUCCCACGUACCCAAGCAACUCCCUGCCAGAUUUAACACCUUCACGGACAUAUCCAAACAGCUGGCCAAUGCCCUAUACACCUCACCACCCCUAACAAAUCUCUUAUCGAGCACCUCUCCAACCCUUAAACACCUCACCUGUGCCUGGCUGUGUUAUAGCACAGUCUCCCUUAUCCUCCCUUCCCUUAUGCUCACUGCUCUAGGCCCCACCCACUUGGCUUUGUGCCAGCCAAUCAGCUGUAAAUGAGAAAAUGGAAGGAAUGUAAACAAACAAUGCUUUGUGUCAUUAAUUUUUUUCACCCACCAGCCCCCACAACCCCUCGAGUAGACGAUGUUGUAAAUCCUUUCGCAGUAUUCUGUGUGAAACUAUCUAGCCUGACUUUGGACUUCUUUCUUUGGAUUUUUGGAGAGAAUUUGCCCACAACCAUUCUGGACAUCAAACAGCCUGGCCUAUUUUUUUCCCAAUGUUAUUGUUUUUUUUGUUUGUUUCCAGGACGUUUGACUUGUUUACACAUGGUGGGAAUCGUUUUCUCCCAGUUUCUACAUGUAAAUAUGGUGAAGCUCACGUGACGUCACACUACAGGACUGAUGAGUUUUGCAUGUACAGACCCUGCUGGGAUUAUUAUUAUAUAUAUAUAUAUUUUUUUUUUUUUUUGAGGGGAGGGGGAUAUUUUUUUUCUUCUCUUCAAUAUCACAACACACUCGUGAUGGCACAACACCAUUGGGAAGUAAUCCACAUGCCCAGAGUGGAAGUUUAAAGCUUCCAAGUCAAAACUGAAAUUCUCAGCAUUGUCAUGAUGAGAGCUGAAGGUUGCAUUUUUUUUCUUGAUUGUUGUCGUCGUCCGGAUUAAAUGUUGAAUUCAACAUUUAAACAGAAUUUAUAUUUAAAUCAUCACAAAUGUUAAAGUUGAAUUCAAUUUAAAUUCUAAGCACUGAGAACCGUAGUUUCAUCCAAAGGAGCUUGAAAGUUGACAGGAAAUGUCAAAGCAGCAGCUCACUAUUGACAAAAUUGUUCUUAUGACCGUUGCUUUGUUUUUUUGAAAUUAAUUAGUUGUAUGAGUGUAUCAAGGCAAAUUAUUCCAUUUGGAGGGCUUUAAUGAUGAUUCUUUCAGACAGAAACAAAGCCUGAUGGGUAAAUUGACUUUGUGUGGGUUUUUACAUCUACUCAAAGAUUCAUCCAAAAUGAGUUUCGUUUGACCCCCCCCCCCCCACAACCUGCUCUGUGGCACCCCAUGAGCAGUCUAGUAGUUGGCCAUUUUUGUUUGAUUUUGGCCCCUGUUUUGUUUAAUUGGUCCGUUUCCAGUCGUGUUCAUUUCAAAAGUAGGUUGUGAAGUACGAUUUCCAUUUCAAGGCCCAACAUAUGCUCCUGCCUUCCUCCCCCUCCUCCUCCUUUCGUCUUUCCUCUCCUUUCGUGCCUCCCGAGCGGCCGGCGUGUUUUGCUGCAUGAGGUAAAGAUGGUGGACGGAGGUUAUGCUGACUCUUUGCCACCAAUUAACCUCCACUGACCCUCAGUGGCCUUCUGCCGCCCAUGUUGGUUUUGAGUGAGUGUGUGAGCAAAGAGAAAGAGAGAAUGUAGUUAAUUUCUUAAAGUUUAAAAGCAGCGCAACAAAUUCUUUUUAAGUCUUAAUGUGAGACUUUUUGACCCUCUGAAGAAAAAAAAGAAUUUCUCUUCCCUUCUUUUAUUUAUUAGCCUGACAGAAUCCCCCCCCCCCCCAAAAAAAAAAAAAAAUCACUGCCGUCGCUGGCCUACAAAUUACAUUCAAACUAAACUCCAAAUUUCUGGUGUUUUAAUUUUGGUUUGCAUGGGUAGCCUACAAAAUAACCCACAAAAAAAAGUUUCAAGAUAGCUUGAUAAUAAGACAUAGCGAGUAUGCCAUUUUGUAUCCUUGCUUCCUGAAAAUUUAUGGAAAUAUUAAGUCCACACUCGCAGUUUGACUUGGCAAUUUGGAAGUUAGUGAUAGACAGGUCUAUCAUGAGCAGAUCCACAAACACAACUUUUAAAGGAGCCAUGCCAAAAAAGAUUUGGAAGUUUGCCAUUGUUGUUCGAAACGGUUCAUUUCAUUUCAUCCACUUUCGUGAGUCGCCCAAAAACACCUCAAAAUUUAGUCCAAUUGCUGCUAAAUUCGAACCUUGCCUACCAAACCUGUUCUGAUGAAAAGGCCCUUUUUUGGUUCAUUAGUUAGCGACCAUGCGUGCUUUACAAUUUCCUUUUCACCAAUAUUUCUGCCACCCACUCCAGGAAGAAGUAGUUCAUUAGCCUCAUGGCUAACUUGCCUGUGUUAUAUAUGAGAAUGUUUUUGGAAAUAAUCAAAAAAAUGACCAUAAAAAUAAAUUUUAGCAAGCACGUUGCUACUUUUUUUUGGUUUGAAUCACAAUGUUAAAAAUUACUUAGGCAACCACGUACUUAGGUCAAGCUACAAGUCAAAACCUGUUUGGUUUCCAUCCUUGCAUUGUUUGCUAAUAUUUAGUCUGAAAAAUUCAAACAUUUUGGAGUUAUUAAUUGUAUUUUUGUCACAAUAAACAAAGGACACAAAGUUGAUCCCUUCAGCUUUCAUCGAAGCUCGAAAGUGAAGUUGGGAACAAAUUCAAGCAAACAUUAACCAAGCUCCUCCUUCCCGCACACGCAACAUGCUAACGCUAACACUGAGCUGAGCGCGUCUUACAUUCACGCCGCCGGGUGCCUUGUGGAGUGCGUACCGCACGAGUGGCAAGAGUCCGAAUCUUUUGGUUUCUGGAAACGGGGAAGUCGGGUUUCGUGAGAAAAAACAGGUUGUUAACAUUUCUAAAGAAGGAAAAUAAACUGUUCAAGUAUUUUGUAUUCCAAAACAAAAUCGGACAACUUGACACUCAAAUUUGAAAUGUUUCUUUACGAUUGAGUGAUAAGCAUUGGAAUCGACAUUUCCCACAAUUCAUUUUUUUUCCUCAACUGUGUAUUAUAACUCUGAGCAUGAAACAAGCAGACUUUAUAAAUAUGAAAAUGUUUUUUGGGCUGUCACAUUUUUCUUAGGUGAUCAGUCAAUCGUUGCUUUCUUGUAUCAAUAUGCGCUCAAUGUUUUUAUUUAUUUAAUUUUUCUCUUUUUGAACAAAACAUAAGUGAGCGGGCACACUGUGUUUUUAUACUUCCAAAAAUCAGAAGUUGAUGACGUUGGCGCCAUUCAAAAUGGGAAAACAUCUCAGAAAAUCGGUCAACGUCUGACAAGUCCAAAUCAUGACUUUGAAUACCAAUUUGUCACGAUCUCUCAUGUUAACGAUACAUUUUAGCCGCUAACAGGAAGUUGUGUUUCUUCGAAUGUGUUGGGAAAAAAAAAUGUUAAUCUCAAAUUAAUUACGCAGGAAUUAAAUGAAGUUGACACUUGAUCAUUGCAGACGUUCAGCUGAAAUAAUUUCAGACAUCAAUGGAAGUUUGUGUCUUAGAGUGUGUUUCAAAUGACGAAAUUGUAAGUUCGUAAAGUCAAAAUGAUUCAAUUCACCAAAAGGAAAUUGACGAAAAAAGCGAAGCAAAUUAGGUCAAAUGUACGAGGAAUGCAAAUGAUAACAUGUUAAAUAUCUUUAGAUUUUUUUUCUCUUAGUCAUAACAGUAACCCAUUCAAUAUUUUAUUUAAAAAAAAAGCUCUUAAAGCUCUUUGUUGCUUUAUUAAAAGAAAUGUCGAGUGUAAUGUUUAAGUCGCCUAAACAGUUUGUUGUUAUCUAUUGGUUAAAAAAUGGACACCUUUAAAAUGAUUAAAGUGACGAAAACAAAUCAGUGUUCCCAGAAUCUAAUGGGAAAAAAAAACCUACGGUAAACUAAAAAGCAGUGUUUGAAAAAUUCCAUCAACUUGUGAAUUGGACUGAAUUUGUAUUUAUUUAUGUUUUGUUUUUUAGUACCACAUUUGUUAAUUAUGAUUUUGAUUCAAAGAGCGUAACAAGUUGAUGAGUUAAUUCUGUAAAAUCAACUUGAUCAUAAUGCGUGAAAAAAAUAACCACAAAUUAAGUCAAACAUAUGAGAAGCGUAAAUAUAUGACGUAUUACCAGGUAAUUGUUUCCUAUUUCAAAAACAACCCUCAUUAGUUUUUUUGUUUUUUCGACAAAAAAACCCACACAAAAAAUGGUGAUAGUUUUCAACUGCCAUAAUGCGUGGAAAGACCAUCUUUGAAGUAAUUGUGAGAUAAUUCUCAAACCGGAUUUGUUCCAUGAAAAUUUGCUUCACCGUCUCAGUUGCAAUUACGUUAUUUACAUCAGAAUCAUGACAGAAAGCUGACUUAAAGUCAUGUUAUCACUCUGUGAAAAAAUAAAAAUAAAAAAUAAAUUAAGUGAGACAGACAUACGAGAAGUGCAAAUGAACGUUUUAAAUGUAUUAUUGUAGUUCAUGGUUUAAUAUUAAAAAAAAAACUUUGAUUUUAAAAUAUUUUUCUAUUAUCUCAAACUGGCUGAUUAAAAAAAAACGCACCGCAUUUUUAUAAUGUAAACGUGUAAUUUGCAAACGUGAUUU